CUGGUUCUCAUCCUUCUUAUUUCAUACAUCUCGCUGGUCGUAGAGUAGGAAAGGCAACUUUAUCUUCCACAUCCCAAACAAUCUUCCAUCUAUUCUAUCGCUAUCUUCGGAACUCAGCCAUACGAUGGUCAAGCUGAGCUUCAUGUCAGCCAUGGCGGCCAUUGCCGGCCUCGCCUAUAGCCAGUGCGCGAACCCGAUGCAGCGGACCCGAGAUUCGCUCCUUGUCGGCCCAAGACCGGGCGCGGUACCUGCGUGCAGUCAACCAACUGCGUGAAAACGGUGAGCUGGACCGCCUGUCGAGUAUACAUGUGGAGAAUGCAGAUACAAUCCAUGGACACCCGCGGUUCCUGGUGUUCCACCGGCACUUCAUGAACGAUUUUGCAAACGCUCUGCAGCGUGUUGACCCGGGCGUCCCUGUCCCGUACUGGGACUGGUCUUUGGAUGCCAGCAACCCGGCAGCGAGUGCGCUGUUCACCGACUCAUUCCUCGGCGGCAAUGGCAGUGGGCCAAACAGCUGCGUGCAGAGCGGGCCACUGGCCAACUGGCAGAUGCGCGUGUCGACCCCUCACUGUCUGGCGCGCAGGUUCAAUAAUGGCGACCAGAUCUCGCCGUUCUGGCCACCAGAGGCACUGCUGAGUAUGCAAAACACGGUUUCACAGUACGGCGCGCUGUCGAGCGGUAUUGAGAACGGCUGUCAUGGCGCCGUGCAUCUGGGAAUCUCUGGCGAUAUGUCGACCAUGUUUGCGCCCAACGACCCGUUCUUCUUCCUGCACCACGGGAUGGUCGACAAGCUGUGGUACGACUGGCAGCUAAUGAAUCCCGAGACGCGGUUUGCCAUGUAUGACAACUCGAACUAUCAGGACCCGCCGGUCUCGGCCGACGAGGUGCUACCCGGCUACCCGAAUGUGCGUGUGCGCGAUGUCCUAGAUCCGCGCAGUGCUGCCUUGUGCUAUGUCUAUGUUGACUCAGGUUCGGGCGCCGCAACGAAGCGGCUGAUGCAGGAAGUCGACCGCCAAGCUCAGCAGCAGCAGCAGCAGCCGCAAGGCGGUCCUCAGGCCAACCAGCAGGUUACUGGUGGCCCGGCUGCUCUUGGCCCCAUGAGCGGUCCUACUGGUCCCAACGGUCCCACUGGUUUCAACGGGCCUGUUGGUCCUGCUGGUCCUGUUGGUCCUGUGCCCCAGCAGCAACCGCUGACUCCAGGAAGGCAAUUCAAUGGUGAUGCUCCUCAGUCUGCUACUCCUCAACCUGCCGCCACAGCCAACCCGGGCCAGCCCAUGCGUGGAGGUAGCCGUGGAGUGCAAGAUUUUGUGCAAAACGCGCUUGCCAGCAGCCUUGGUGGAACGCCCCUGGGUGCAAUGAACUUUGGUGGCCACCGACACAAUCGCAAUGGUCGUCUUUUCCGUCGCCUUGCCUACGCCGCUGGUCUCUCUGCCCGUGAAUACACUGGCCAGACUCCUGCUCCAGCUGCGGCCCCAUCUCAGGACAUCCUCGGCCUUGGUGGUCUGGUAAAUGGUCUUCUGGGCUCCGAUGGCCUGGUUGCGCAUCUCUUGGAGGGCGUCGGCAACGUCGUGUCGGUUCUGCCACAGGGCUUGACCAAGACGCUUGAGGCAGUCGGUGAGAUUGCCGAGAAUGUCACGAACGAUGUGUUCGACCUGCUGCACGUCCCCAAGGUCGAUCUGUCGAAGCUGUCCAAGGAGGAGCGCCUGAUCCCGGCGGUCCAGCCGCUGCCCGACUGGUGGUGCCAGAAAAACAACCUUAACGCAACGUAUGCAGCGCAGCUCCACUCGCAGGUGCACGAUAUCAUUGAAGGAUUCAACCGGAUUCCGGGAUAUGUGUCGCCUGCGGUUGUCCACUAUGCUGCCAUGAAGUAUGGCGACAAGGCGGGCUCCAAGUAAACAACCCGUUUAUCACGAUGUUACAUUACAUUUAGUAGUUCAUUCCCAGGCCUAGGCGAAAUGAAUAAACAUACAUCCAUGUCCC